GUUGUGUCCAGUCCAGUGCCGUCAUCAUAAGACCGAGAGUCUUCUUCGGGAGGUACUUGUACUUGCUUGCCAGGGAAUAAAGAAAAAUCAUCUGAAAGAUACUUUCAGUCCGCGUUAGUCAUUCGCGAAAUGAUGAAGUGAAUUGCGCGAAUUCAUAUAAAUAUUCCCCAGUUUUUAAGACCCAUUGAACCUUUUUUAAAAAAUAUAUAUUUUUUUUUACUUUUUCUGUCUUUGAAGAAAAAAAAAAUAAAUUGUUAAAAUUUUCAUGAUUAAUUAAGUAAAUAAAAAAAAAAAUUAAAAAUUGUUUUCUGUUUUCUGAAAAAAAAAAAAAAAUUGCGCGAAAUAUCUUUGAUAUGAAAGUUCAUUGUGAUAUGCAUCUUUUAUAAGCAUCGAUUUAGUGAGCAGAAGGUUAAAAAUAAAUCCCAAGUGAAAACAAGUUUAGUGAAUUAAAUCAAUAAUUCUUGGUCCAAGAAUAUUAUUUCUAAUAAGUGUUAGAAAAAAAAUUUAAAUUAUGUUUAGCUUUAUUAUCUAACUUCACUGAUGUAUGCUCGUAAGCUUAACGAGAUUGUUAUAAGGAUACAUAAUUGAUACCCUGUUGUCGACACGUGAAGGAUAUACAAAAAAUUUAAUAAAAUCUCUUGGAUUUUCAAGAUUAUACUCCUAACAUUCCAGAAUAAUAAUAAAAAAUGAGUACAGCCAGUCCGUUGUCGAAAAAUGACAAUCCCACAUUAUCACCCGAAGAGGAGGUUACACAGGAUCCUUUGGAACGCCUCAAGGCUGAAUGUUUAGAAAGACUCAGUAAUACCACAGCACCUGACUUACCAACAGGUAGUUAUUGUCAUGGGACAUGGGAUGGAUGGUUGUGUUGGCCAGACACUCCAGCUGGAAAGUCUGCUUUCGAAAGAUGCCCAUCAUUUAUUGUGGGAUUCGAUCCAACAAGAACCGCCCACAAAGAAUGUAUGCCCGACGGGGAAUGGUUUAAACAUCCAUCAAAUAAUAAGACUUGGUCAAAUUACACAACAUGUGUUAACUUUGACGACUUAGAGUUGAGAGAGAACGUAAAUUUAAUUUAUGAAACUGGAUAUGGUGUAUCCUUGGUUGCCAUCCUAAUGUCCUUGGCUAUUCUAGGGUACUUUAGAUCUCUGAAAUGUGCCCGCAUAACGAUACACAUGAACCUGUUUGCCUCGUUUGCGGUCAACAACACCCUUUGGCUGGUUUGGUACAAAGUGGUCCUGGCUGACGCGGAACUCCUCAAUGUUAACCCGCCUACUUGUAUUGCUUUGCACCUGGUACUACACUAUUUUCUGCUCAGCAACUACUCAUGGAUGCUGUGCGAGGGAUUCUAUCUGCAUACAGUUCUUGUGUCGGCUUUUAUUUCGGAGAAAAAGCUCGUCAAAUGGUUGAUUGGUUUUGGAUGGGGAGCACCGGCAAUUGUUAUAUUUAUCUAUGGGCUAUCGCGUGGACUGGCGGGCGAAGGUGUGGCUGUUAUGCACUGCUGGAUGAAUCCAACUCAGUUUGAUAACAUAUUCAUUGUACCUGUGUGUAUAUCGAUGUUGUUGAAUUUGCUAUUCCUGUGCAAUAUUAUUCGAGUUGUGCUGGUGAAAAUGAAGGCUCCAGCUGGGGUACAAGGAAAUUGUGGUCCAUCUAGAGUUGCACUGCAGGCUUUUCGGGCAACGCUUCUCCUGGUUCCACUGCUGGGUCUGCAAUAUAUUCUGACUCCAUUUAAACCAGAUGCAGGUCAUCCGUGGGAAGAUGUCUACGAAAUUAUAUCAGCUUUUACGGCAUCAUUUCAGGGACUCUGUGUAGCAAUGUUUUUUUGCUUUUUCAAUGGAGAAGUUAUUGCCCAAGUGAAACGUAAAUGGACGACAACUUUUUACAGCAAUCGGACUCGAAACAACUCCUACACAGCAACUCAGGUCUCGUUCAUUCGCAGUGGUCCUCACAUUCCAGGUGAAGAAAAAGUAUGACUAAAGGAACUGUCAUCGCGUCGAGCAUCCAGUGCUGUCUUAUCAUCCACAUCGAUGACAGGCAGACGAGCCUCAAGUAAAGCUUCGAAUUAUAAUAAUUUUUCAACAAAAAUGUUUCGUCGCCGAACCAUCGAUAAUGUUCGCAUCCAUCAGCCGUUAAUGGAAGAAGCGAUGACAGAUCAAAAAUCCUUACAACAACAACAAACUACUGUCAAUGCAUCAGUUACUAAUAGUAUUAAGAAUGGUGGCAAUGUAGUAGUUACAACUAUUGCCACUGCACAAAAUAAUUCCUGUUGUACAAACAAUAAUCACCACAGUUUUGAUGAAAACAAAAUGGCUGAUGAGGCUUUAUAAUCCCGGAAGUAGAUUUUAUUUAUGUACUUAAAAAUGAAAAAUACAAAAUAUUGCUGAAUUAGUUAUGUGUCAUCAUUGUUUUGUGAAAUGUGCAUUAGGUAUCUAUUGUAAAUAUGAUUUUGAUCUUUGUAGGUAAAAAUUAGGAAGCUUGUUUUUAGCAAAAUUAACUCUGAUCAAACUUACUAGAUAUAGGCAGCCAUUUUGAUAAAUUGGUUGUAGUGGAAGCUUAAAGAUUUUAAAUUAAAACUCACUACAAUUUUC